GGAGCUUCAAACCAAAAGAAAGCAGAACACAUACAAUGUGCUCGAAAAAAGUUUAAAACAAGCGCGAUUUUCACAGGAAACCAAUUUCCUUAAAAUUCCUCAAGACUGUCUUAGCGCGAAUUGACCGAAACUUGGCGAACUUGGCGACAAGGAUGUGCCUAGGGAGACCGAGGCAGGGACUUUAAUCGAGUGUGUUGAGUCAAGAGUGUUGCCCCAGGCUCUGUCACCUGGCCACCCGCCGCCUGACCGCCCCCUUUUCACCAGGACGCAACCCCCCCAACCCAACUAGGACGGGCAGCGUGGGAUGAAAGCGCUUGUUUUCUUCAGGCAGACGUGCCUUGCCAAGAAAAUAAAACAAGAGGCAGCAUCCUUGGAAUAAUUUAUUCAAGAAAUUCGCAAAAAAUCAAAUCAAAACGAAACGAAACGCAGCGAAAUCGAGAAUCCGAGAGCGAGAGAGAGCAGAAGUGUAUGUUUUGUGUGUGUAUGUGUGAGUGACAGUAGAGAAAGAAGAAGCAGCAGCAUCCUGGAAGCCAGAGAAAGGCAGGAAAAGCAAAGGACAAAAAACACAAAAACAUAGAAACCCAAGGAUACCGCUUCGUCGGCUAAAGGACCUCGCAUGGAUAGCAUGGAGGAAUGCCGCUAAGCGCAGUCCCAGACGCAGGAGCAGAAUCAGCCGCCAGGACAGCAUCCUCCUCCAAUGCCACCGCACGGACACAGAUACAGAGAUACGGAUACGGUGUCAGACACAGAUACAGCCACAGCUACGGACACGGAUACCGAUACACGACAAUAAUGUCCCUGCUUUCGUCCAGGCAGCGGCGCAUUAUGCAGUGAUUUAGCCACUCAUCCCUCGUCCUCGUGUCUCGUGCCCCAGCGAGUGCCCCCCGCUUCUCCCCACGCCGCCCCCUCACUCUACCAAAGAACAACAACAACAACAACAAUAGAUUCAGGAGGAAAGUACCCCAAAAGACAGGAGCAAGAUGACCACGGACUUUCUGUUCCCCAAAAUAGCGGACUGCUCCUAUGUGUCCUGUUACUGCGAGGAAAAUGUGUGGAAGCUCUGCGAGCAGGUGAAACGAACACGCCCGGAGGAGCUGUCCAAGUGCUACGCCGUCUUCGUCUCCAACGAGGGUCGCACCGUGCCCCUGUGGCGCCAAAAAGCAGGACGCGGCGACGAUCAAGUUGUGAUAUGGGACUACCACGUCUUCUUCAUGCACAAUCCAUCGCCGAACCGAUGUUUGGUCUUUGAUUUGGACACCACGCUGCCGUUUCCAACAUAUUUCCACAAGUACGUGACCGAGACGUUCCGCUCCGAUCUGGCCCUGCGACCGGAGCAUCAUAGAUUCUUCAGAGUCAUACCCGCAGACACAUAUCUCAUUGAAUUCUCGUCGGAUCGGCGUCAUAUGCGCCGGCCUGAUGGCAGUUGGAUAAAGCCGCCGCCCUCAUAUCCACCCAUACUCUCAAACACAAACUUGCACUGCCUGGGAGACUUUAUCUGCAUGAGCGCCGGCAAGGGCCCGGGUGCCGUGUACAGCCUCUCGGAGUUUGUGCACAACUUCUACAAGUCGCCCCACGUGAUGGCCCAGAACAACAAGUAGAGAAAGGGAUCAAGGAUCAUGGCAGCCGCACAUCCACAACCAAAUCCAAAUCCAAAUACCAGACCCUAUCGUUUCGUCGUGUUGUCGUUAGCAGACAGUUAAUUACCAAUUGCAUACAUAUACAUACAUACAUAUACACACACAUACAUAUAUAUAGAUAUAUAUAUAUAUAUAAAUAUAAAAUAUAUUUAUGAUAAUGUAUUUUUGUAUUCAGGUUAACAGAAAAUCAAGCAAAAGAAGUUACACGCUGGCGCAGCUCUUCGCGUACAUUUGUAUUGAAAUUCAAUUCUAAAGAAAUUAUAAAUCUAAUUAUACAUUUUUUUAUUAAACGUAUUCGAUAAUGAGGAAAAACC